GUUUUUUUUAAUUCGUUCACUUUAGUUUAUUUUGAGAGGUUAUCAGUGUAACAAGCGAAAACACACAAAGGGAAAAUAAAUUUUAAGAAAAGAAGAAAAUUUUGAAAAGUUGUUCACACACGAUCGGACUUUAAGAAAAAUAAGAAGAAAGAAAAAAGUGAAAACAUAUUUAAAGAAAAUAAUCAGAAUAAAUGAGAAAAGAAGCAAAAUGCAGUGCGAAGAGAUGAAAAACUUGUUCCUCAAUCGACCAACUGGCAUCAAAAUUGGCUCAGCCGUUUUCGUGACAGGCUUAAUAUCAUAUCUCAAGUUUCGACCGUUUGCGAUUUUGGUGUCGUCUGUCUAUGUGACGUGGAUCUUCCGAACCUUCUACUCACAUUAUACAAUUCACAUACCUAAGGAACUCAUACAGAGAUGCACAAAAAUGUAUGAUGAAUGCAAGAACCUUCGAAAGAAUCGUCCGAAUGUGUUUUGCGGUUUCAUCACGUCGAUUUUAUUUCUACUUGCCGUCAUUGGGCAUUUUGUUGACGGGACUUACAUUUUAUUCAUUUGUCUCAUUGCUGGGGUUCUCGUCACCUCCAAAUAUGAAAUCAAAAUCAUCAAAGAUAACAACGAUUCAACGCCCAACAGCAGUGUUAGUGGCAUUGAUAUUGACGAGUUUUGUCCCAGUUUGGAUGAAGCCAACAUGAGAAUUUUAAAACAAAUUGGUGAUCAUGCUGACGACACAGGAAUUUAUUCUCCAAAUAUGUCAAGAAUUGAUAAUGAAAGUGACAGUGAUAACGAAUUAUUACCACCGAAAAACGUGGUGAUACCGGAACCUGACGAGAUUGAUGCAAUGGAAGAUGACGAGACUGCAGAUCUCCUUAUCGAUCCUAAAAAGGUGCUAACACAAAGUGCUGAAUAUAAAAAAAAGCACUUUUCGAAUACUUCAUCUGAUAGUGACAGUGAUGAUAGCAUUACACGAGGAUUGGACUUUAAGAAUAUUCCCGUGACUGCAACAAUAGAACCUCAAUCAUCACCAUCAAGUCUCCUUUCAAACAUUCAGCAAACGUUGACACGAAAUCUGAUAGAUAAUUUAACGAAACCUUCACCAAAGUCUAGUCAAAGCAAACCUUACGAUUCCGAAGAUGAAAUCAGUGAUUUCGAGAUCUUGGAUAAGGAUGAUUUAUUAAAAUAACGUCCGUGAUAAACGACGUCUGCUUGUACUUAUGUGAGUUUCUGAGAAAUGUUUCUUCUUCUUUUUAUUUGAUUUCAAUUGCAAGCUUUUGAUGGACUUCAACUUUUUAUAUUUCAUUUAAUUUUUAAUAUCUGAACGAACCUCUUUUUCGUCUGUUUUGUUUCGAAAUUCGAUGUCGAGACAGAAUUAAAAAUAACAUUAACGAAAGAUAAUUUCGCACGAUGAAACAAAAGAACGCGGACUCAGAGGUCAAUCACCACAUUAGUUGACGAGAAAUUUGCAGAGCUCAUUCACUGAUCUACUUUUUUUCUUACCUUCUUCUUUUUAAAAUACAAACCAACAUUUUUAUCAUGGUUUUCUUUCUUUCCUUCUUUAUUUUUUUGUGAAUGAAGCGCGCGAAAUUAAUGUCCUUGAACCCGAAAAUUUUCCUCGCUUUUCAUUUGUCCAAGUUUUUUCAUAAUUAGAGAAAAGUUACAUAUUACAAUGGACAAGAGAUAAAUAAAUGUAAAUCAGAUUUAAAAGAUGUUUGAUGGCGACAUAAAAAUGCUGUUGGUAGAAUUGUAAGUUUUCAUGUCGUCACUUUGAAUAAUAUGCUUGCUGAUCUUAGUGUAUGAGCUACCUGAGUGCAAAAAUAAAAAGAGAAAAUAAAUGCUGAGCAUAAUUUACGAAAGGAAUAAUAAAAACCGUCGCCAUGUGUAAAAUUAUAAAGAAGAGAUUAUGUUACCUGAAGAAAAUAAACACAAUUUAAAUAAACAUAUUUAAGAGUCUUUGGCAAACUGUUUUUCUUUGUCAGGUAAGGUCAAGGAUAGAUUGAAAGGAAGAAAUAAAUUUUGUUUUUCUUUUUUCCAUUUCCGACAAAACAAAAAUUUACCGCAGAAAUUCUUCGAAUAACAAAAUACUUAAAUUCUGAGUUCCUCCCAACGAAACAAACCACAAUAAUAACUGAUUAUUCUCGACAGUUGUAUAAAGUUACAAUUUCCACAAUAUUUAUUAAUAGUUAGUUACAUGUUGCUGAUAAGUAACUUCCAAUCAACAUCCAAAACAAACCACAUUUAAAGUAAUUUUUAUUUCCUAAAACAAAAAUCAAUUUCUGUCAACCAGCAACAAAGCUAAUUGAGAGAAAAAAUAUGAUAAUUAAAUGGAUAUUUUUGAUGAUUAAGCAUACGUGCAAAAAGACAAGAAAAUUAUUUAAAAACAAGAAGAAAAUUUGUGAAUUUACAUUUUGCGAAUAAAGUCAUGGCUUUUAAAAGAUAAAAAAAAGCCAAAAAAA